UGUGUUACCUUUGCUUGUUUGAAACAGGCAUGCUAGGCCAGAGCUGUUUGUAUUUGAACGUUUAAAUGAAUUUGUGAAGACUAUUCACAGUGUAAAGAUGGACGCAGUUAAUGCUUUUAACCAGGAGCUCUUUUCAUUAAUGGACAUGAAACCUCCUAUUUCACGAGCAAAGAUGAUUCAGAUUACCAAGGCUGCCAUCAAAGCCAUUAAGCUGUACAAGCAUGUAGUCCAGAUUGUGGAAAAGUUCAUUAAAAAGUGCAAACCUGAAUUUAAAGUACCUGGAUUGUACGUCAUAGAUUCCAUUGUUCGUCAGUCUCGACAUCAGUUUGGAGUUGAUAAAGAUGUUUUUGGGCCAAGAUUCUGUAAAAACAUUACCAUUACAUUCCAGCAGUUGUAUAUGUGCCCAAUGGAGGAUAGGAGCAAGAUCGUGCGUGUCUUGAAUCUUUGGCAGAAAAAUGGAGUGUUUAAGAUAGAAGUUAUACAGCCACUCCUGGAUAUGGCUGUAGGAAUUGCAGUAUCAGCUCCACCACCUGCACCGCCACCAGCACCUGUUUCUGCACCUGCACCUUCUCCUGCUCCCCUACCUCCACCAGCAUCUGAACCAAUUGUGAUGAAUAAUACAGGUUCAGGAGGGCUGUCACCAUGGAGUAGCAUGAUGCAGGAGCAACAAGAAACACAGGAGUCGUCUUUGUCUCAAGCAACUUCCCCCCCUCCUUCUCCAGUGAGGAUUCCAGCUGAACCUCCAAUUCCAGUUUUAAAUUCAGUUCAGAUGCCACAACUUCCUAGUUCAGAUGCCUUUGCUGCUGUUGCCCAACUUUUUCAAACAACGCAAGGGCAACAGCUUCAGCAGAUUCUUCAGACUUUUCAGCAGCCUCCAAAGCCUCAGUCUCCUGCUCCAGACAGCAUGUUAUCUCAAGUUCCUGUUCUUUCUUCACCACCAAGGCCCCCGACUCCUCCUCCUCCUCCACCAGAACAAAAGGCUGCUUUUGAUACGAAACUGCUUGACCGAUUUGAUUAUGAUGAUGAGCCAGAGAUUGGAGAGGAGAACAGAAAAGAGUCUACUCCAUCACCAGUUCUUCCUUCAUUCAGUUUUUCUGGAGACAGUAUGCAGCAAACAAGUAUACUGCAGUCAAGUAUGCAGCAGCCAAGUGUACAGCAAGCCAGUGUGCCACAGUCUGACCUUCCACAACCUGGAUUAACACAGCCUACUCUGCCGCAGCCUACUGUGCCACGGCCUACUAUGCAGCAGUUUGGCAUUCCACAGUCUAGCAUUCAGCAAGUUGUUUAUGCGUCACAUCUUCCUCCAGUUUCUUCGCAGCUCCCUCCACAGAUUCCUCAACAGAUUUCUUUACAAAUUCCUCAGCAGCUUCCUCUGCAACUCCCCUUGCAACUCCCUCCACAUAUUCCACCGCAGCUUCCUUUGCAGAUGACACCUCAACUUCCACAACAGUAUCCUCUCCAAAUACCACAACAGCAUCCUCUUGGAAUUCCGCAGCAGCAUCAUUUGCAAAUUCCACCACAGCAUCCUCUGCAGCAUCCCCUGCAGUUUCCGCCUCAGAUCCCACUACAACACCCUCAAAUUCCACUGCAGCAUCCACAGAUUGUGCCGCAGCAUCCUUCACAGUUGCUGCCACAGAUUCAGCUGCAGCAUCUUCCUCAGACACCACCCCAACAGCCUCCUCAGACACCACCACAGCAUCCUCCUCAGACGCCACCACAGCCUCCGUCACAAACUCCACCACAGCAUCCAAAUGUGGAGAAUUUUCAGCAGCGAUCAGCAGAACCACAGACUGAAUCUUCACAUCAGCAAGUUAGUGCAUUAAGAAAUGUUUUGCUUCUGCUUAUUUUUGCUUUUUCUAAAAAAAAAAAAAAAAAAAAAAAUGUAAAUUUAUAUAGAAAGUGUGUUCUGAAAUCCAUAGAAUUUUGCUUGGACGGGUGUAUUGCUGUGUCCUUCUUUGGAAAUACUUCUAAUGGUGCUUUUCUUUUGAAGGAUACUUCCUCAGAUACUGAACAGUCUGCAGCCCAAGAAGGGAAACGCCAGUCUUCAGAUCCCAGAAGAUCAAGAUCAAGGUCUGCAUCAAGAUCUCCAAAGCGACGACGUUCUAGAUCUGGGUCUCGGUCAUGGAGGUCACGUCAUCGCCGUUCUCGUUCAAGAUCUCGUGAGAGACGCAGGCACUCGCCUCGUUCACGAUCUCAAGAAAGGAGAGAUAAAGACAAGGAAAAAGAACGCAAACAAAAGGGUCUUCCUUCUAUUAAAUCCAAUGUUGUUAGUGUUUGUAGUACUACUCUGUGGGUAGGUCAGCUAGACAAGCGGACAACCCAGCAGGAUGUUGCAGCACUGAUAGAGGAGUUUGGAGAAAUAGAGUCUAUAAAUAUGAUCCCUCCAAGAGGUUGUGCCUACAUUGUAAUGGUUCAUAGGCAAGAUGCAUUCAGAGCAUUACAGAAAUUAAGCAGAGGAAAUUAUAAAGUAAAUCAGAAAUCAAUUAAGAUUGCCUGGGCUUUAAACAAAGGAAUAAAACAAGGGUUCAAACAGUACUGGGAUGUAGAGCUUGGGGUUACCUAUAUCCCAUGGGACAAAGUUAAGCCUGAAGAUCUGGAGAGUUUAUGUGAAGGGGGAAUGUUGGACAGUGAAACUUUGAGUCCAGGUAAGACUACUUUAGAAUUACUCAUAAUUUACAUUUUCUAAAAGCAUCUCACUUCA